UGAAUCAAUUUGAUGAUUUCAAUUUACAAAAACAACAUAUAGCAGAAACAUUGUUUUUGAGAGAUUUAAUGGAAUUACAUUCAUUUAAUUCUGAUCUUAUUAUCUUAACGACUCCACAAAAUAACGAGGAAAUCAAUAUAAUAUUCAUGUGUUGGAUAGAAACGAUUUCUAGAGGGUUACCACCAUGUAUUAUAAUCAAUGGGAGUACUCAGCCAGUUCUUACCGUCAAUGCUUAACCCAUAAACAAACUUAAUAUGCAUACAUUUUCCUUUAAUUAUGUAUACAAUCACGUACUAUUAAAUUUCUUUUCAGAUUAAUGGAUAUGUAGACAUUGCGAAGUUUUUUCCUUUUACUUGGGGCUAAAUUUAACUAAGAUCAUUAAUCCAAACAAUUUCGAAAUCUUAAUUUUAUUACGUGACAUAGACGUGAUGUCUUAAACUCGAAAGAAUACAUUUGCAUUUCUCUAACACGGCCAAGUCGAAAAUAGAAAAAAUAUUGAAACAUCACAGAGAAGUUGAAUGUGCUCCAAGCCUCAAUAUCAACCCUAACUCUGUCUAUACGACUCAAUUAGACUAAUUCUUCGGUCUUCCGAAUACGCCUGUGGUAAAUUAUUAUUUUAUAAGAAGUAAUUAUAAUCACAAAUAUUGUUCCAUAUACCCAGGAUUAUUUCACUUAUCCACUUAUAAAAAUAAAACAUUUUAUUUUGAACACAACAGAAUUUUAUAAUUUGAAAUAAAAAAAAGUGGGUUAUUGGAUAUCGCUCUACCAUACAUUAAGUGUCUAAGACUCUAAGAAGUACAGUAAUGGAUGGUAUUAAAUUCGAAUUGAAUGAUAUCAAAUCAUUGUAUAUUUGUAUACUAAAAACGA